AUGUUUAGAAUUGCCAAGAACCUGGUUAGGACCUUGGAGCAAAGUGUACAAGAGACAUUGUCGCUGUCCGGGGAUAAUAACCAGUUGGACGCUUUCUUUCAGUCGAUUCCUCCAAACCUACUACUUUCUCAAAGUUACUCGCAUUCACAACAGGAUCCGGACCAAGCACAAAAACCAGUACAGCAACAACAUCGCCAUCGAUUCAAUGAGGUCGUUUCAGGGUUAAGGGUUGUUUACGUGGAUGAAACUCAACUGCAAUUGCAGUCGUAUUUCGACUAUAUCGUUGGUAUCAACGAUGACGCUGUACCUAUGAUAAGCAAUCAGCACGGAUACUUUUACCCCGAUUAUUACCGAAUAACGCAGAUUUUCAAUUCCUCUGCUAAUAGCACUUUGAAAUUGAAUGUGUGGUCCGCUAAGGGUGGAACUUUCAGAGACGAAUACAUGUCGAUCUUGUCGAAAGAUGAAGCCAAGUUAGAAGAUGUUUCGUUGUCAUCAGGAUCUAUGAAGGAGUCUGAACGUGCAUUUCAGCGCUUGGGAUUUAAAGUUCAAUGGUCACCGCUGAUUGCGGCCACUUUCACGUACCACGUCUUGAACGUUACCUCUCAUGCGGGUCCGGCUGCUCAGUCUGGUCUGAUACCAGACGAGGACUAUAUAAUUGGCUGUCAGGAUGGGCUUUUAGCAACUGGUGGUGAGAACUUACUCCAGGACAUCGCCAGGUCGCGCGCUAACCACGACCUGCAACUCUACGUCUACAACAUGGUCCAUGACUGUGUGAGGCCUAUAACAGUGCACAUCGGAGGAGAUGGCAGGCUCGGUUGCAACGUCGGAUAUGGAUUCUUGCAUCGUAUCCCAACAGUGAUAAAAAAUACUCAAGAAACCGACCAGCAGCAGCAAUUUCAGACCCUAAGUGAGCCAGUCACAGAUUUAGAACCAACUUCCAGCUCUACGUUUGUUCCAAGUGCCCUGGCACCACCUACCACGUCUAAAAAGCCAGCAUCGAAAAAGAAGCACAUCGCAGCACCCGCGCAAGAAACUUCAAUGAGUGACUAUUUCAGCGAGGGUAAAGAUCAAUCAGCAAGGCCCACUAGCACUCCAAAACAACAGGAGGGCGACUCAGCAGUCCCACCACCUCCCAUCUCGGCUAGAAAAACCACUGAUGCCUAA